GGGCCCGCCCGGAGCAUGACGGCGAUCCGGGCGCUCCUGCUCUGCUCCUGCCUGGGGCUGCUGCGCCCGGGGGGCGGGCAGCCCUUCCUGCGGCUGCGACCCUCGCCCAGCGACAACCUGCCCGUCAAAGACAUCGUGGAGCACCCGGAUCCCGAGUACGACCCCAAGGAGCAGGACCUGGACGAGAGGACUCUGCGGAAGAAGCUGGGCAGCCAUUUCGACCCCGGUUUCAUGGCCGUGGCCGUGCCGGGGCCGGCCAACGCCUCGGGCGCCGAAGCGGCGGGGCGGGGGCGGCCGGCGCUGCCCGCCGAGCUGCGGCGGCUGGAGCUGGGGCUGAGCCCGGGACCGGGAGCGGGGCCGGGACCGGGGCUGGGGUCGGGGCCGGCCCCGGGUCCCCGCCUGCGGCUGGGCAAGAAGGCGCGGCGGAAGGUGCUGCAGUGGCUCUGGGCGUACACAUACUGCCCCGUCCUCUACACCUGGAAGGACUUGGGCGUCCGCUUCUGGCCCCGCUACAUCAAGGAGGGCAACUGCUUCGCCGAGAAGUCUUGCUCGCUGCCCGAGGGCAUGUUCUGCAAACCCGUCAAGUCGGUCACCAAGACCUUCCUGCGCUGGCACUGCCAGGGCUGGUCCAGCCAGAAGUACUGCACCUGGAUCCCCGUGCAGUACCCGCUCAUCUCCGAGUGCAAGUGCUCCUGCUAGCCCCCUCGGCCCCUUGCACUGCCUUAUUUUGCCGU